GACAUCUGAUUUCUACGCUGAUUUGUUGAAUAACCCUGAUCUUUUAAAUCGUAUGGAUACUUCAAACUUACCGAUCAAUCAUCCAUGCUAUUGUAUCGACAGGAAGAAAUUACCUGGGACUUUCACUGACGAAGCGAAUGGAAAAGCUAUCACAGAGUUUGUUGCACUACGAUCUAAAUCAUAUGCAUAUAAUCUAUCGGGUGUAGAAAAAAUUAAAGCGAAAGGUGUCAGAGGUCAUGUCGUUAAAAAUCAUAUGAGUUUAGCAGAUCAUAAACAAUGUUUAUUUUUCAACGGCACAACGGUUGAUAGUGAUACUGGUAGAGGCAUAGCUAUAAAACAAUUCGAGUUGUUUAAAUCUACAGGUCACACGCCUUCAACAAAACAGUAUACACCGUUUCGAGUAAACAUAUCACUAAGAUCUUUUAAACAUCAGAUGAAAUCAAUUUCAACAGUUAAAUUAGCUUUAAACCGAUCGGACGAUAAGAGGAUAGUCCUAGAAAACCAAAUUAAUACCUUGGCUCAUGGACAUUACAGUUUAGAGUGAGUUGAGAUAAAUAGAUAUUAUCAUUCUUUAUAUAAUAAUAAUCUAAUUAUAUCUAUGUUGCAGUCAAGAAGAGGAGCA